UCCACAGCCCUAGUGUCAGCUGUCAAAGUUUAGCAAUGCUAUUUCCAAACACGGGCCAGUAGGCAGCCAGCAGGCACCAGACAGCUGAGAGCUGGCAGAAAAAGCCCCAGACACCUAUAGCCGUCCAAACAGUGACUCAUCCUCCAAUUGCCAGGAUAAAUAUGGGAAGAAAUGGUAUUUUUCUCUAAGCAGGAAGAAUUGUCAAACUACUUAUCACUUUAUAAAAUAUAACAGAUUGUGCCUGUUCAUGUUUUGAAAUGUUCUAACCCUUUGCUCACUGCGUUUUGCUGUCUUUGCUUCUUUGAGUUUAGGAGUGGCUUUGACUUGGUUUUCUUCACUCUAGGAGGCCCGGAGAAGCCAGGAGUUUCCAAGCUGUGCCACCGCCAGAGCUCUGGAUUCACCUGGCCGUGGUAGCCUGUGGCAAUCGGCUGGAAGAGACGCUGGUGAUGCUCAAGUCAGCUGUGCUCUUCAGCCACAGAAAGAUCCAGUUUCACAUCUUCACUGAAGACUCUCUGAAGCCCGAGUUUGAUAAGCAGUUGCGACAGUGGCCUGACUCAUAUUCAAAGAAGUUUGAACACAGAAUCUACCCCAUCACAUUUUCUGUUGGAAACCCUCAGGAAUGGAAGAAAUUGUUCAAACCCUGUGCUGCCCAGAGACUCUUUCUUCCGGUGAUUUUAAAGGAUGUGGACUCACUUCUCUACGUGGACACUGAUGUUCUCUUUCUGAGGCCUGUCGAUGACAUCUGGAAGCUUCUAAGGCAGUUUAAUUCUACCCAGCUUGCAGCCAUGGCCCCAGAGCAUGAAAUACCCAAGAUUGGCUGGUACAGCCGCUUUGCUAGGCACCCUUUCUAUGGUUCUGCGGGAGUGAAUUCAGGAGUCAUGUUAAUGAACUUGACUCGUAUAAGAAGUGCCCAGUUCAAGAACAGCAUGAUUCCAACAGGCUUGGCUUGGGAGGACAUGUUGUACCCUCUGUUCCAGAAGUACAAGAACGCCAUCACGUGGGGAGACCAGGACUUAUUAAAUAUUAUUUUUUAUUUCAAUCCAGAGUGUCUCUAUGUGUUCCCCUGCCAGUGGAACUACCGUCCUGAUCACUGUAUGUAUGGGAGCAACUGCAAAGAUGCUGAGCGAGAAGGGGUGUCAGUUCUACACGGGAACCGAGGUGUCUACCAUGAUGACAAGCAGCCGACUUUCAGAGCACUCUAUGAAGCAAUACGGGAUUUUCCCUUUCAAGACAAUCUCUUUCAAUCCAUGUACUACCCCCUUCAGCUGAAGUUUUUGGAGACUGUGCACACGUUAUGUGGACGAAUCCCGCAAGUUUUUCUGAAGCAAAUUGAGAAAACAAUGAGAAGGGCCUACGAGAAACACGUCAUCAUCCAUGUCGGCCCCAACCAGAUGCAUUGAGUGUUUUUGUCUUGUUGCAAGUAAAUUCCAUGUCUUGUGACCAAGGAAAUAUUCAUCU